AUGUCGGCCCAGAAGGUAUUGAUGCUCGGAGCGGGUUUCGUAACCCUCCCUACGCUCCACAUUCUGAGCGAUGCUGGCAUUGCAGUCACCGUUGCUUGCAGAACCCUCGCAUCGGCCCAAUCCCUUUCUAAGGGAGUCAAACAUGCCACUCCCAUCUCCCUAGACGUGAACGACGAUAAUGCUCUCGACACCGAAGUUGGCAAGCAUGACCUAGUCAUCAGCUUGAUCCCUUAUACCUUCCAUGCUACCGUCAUCAAAUCGGCCAUUCGCCAGAAGAAGCAUGUUGUCACCACAAGCUACGUCUCGCCAGCGAUGUUGGAGUUGGACCAGCAAGCCAAGGACGCCGGUAUCACCGUCAUGAACGAGAUUGGCUUAGAUCCCGGCAUUGACCACUUAUACGCCGUCAAGACAAUCGAGGAAGUACACAAGGCUGGGGGCAAGAUUUUAAGCUUCUUAUCCUACUGUGGCGGCUUACCAGCUCCUGAAGACUCAGACAACCCUCUAGGUUAUAAAUUCAGCUGGUCCUCUCGUGGAGUUCUCUUGGCCUUGAGAAAUGCGGCCAAGUACUGGAAAGACGGCAAGGUCGUAGACGUUGCAUCAAAGGACCUGAUGGGUACUGCGAAGCCGUACUUCAUCUACCCCGGUUACGCUUUCGUUGCCUACCCGAACCGAGACUCGACCCCCUACAAGGAGCGGUACAAUAUUCCAGAGGCACAGACCAUCGUCCGUGGUACUCUCAGAUACCAGGGCUUCCCUGAAUUCAUCCGAGUGCUAGUCGACAUCGGAUUCUUAGAUGACACCGAGCAAGACUUCCUAAAGCAAUCCGUUACCUGGAAAGAGGCCACACAAAAGAUCCUAGGCGCUUCCGCAAGCAGCCAAGGCGACCUCGAGUCUACAAUUGCGUCCAAGACCACGUUCGCUUCACCGGAGGAGAAGACACGAAUCGUUAGUGGCUUGCGAUGGAUUGGUAUCUUCUCGGACGAGAAGAUUACACCCCGGGGUAACCCAUUAGACACUCUGUGCGCGACCCUAGAGAAGAAGAUGCAAUACGAGGAGGGGGAACGAGACUUCGUAAUGCUGCAGCACAAGUUCGAAAUCGAGAACAAGGACGGCAGCCGAGAAGUUAAGACGUCAACCCUGUGCGAGUAUGGCGAUCCCAAGGGCUACAGCGCCAUGGCUAAGCUAGUGGGUGUGCCAUGCGGUGUAGCAGUCAAGCAGGUGCUCGAUGGUACUAUCUCCGAGAGGGGCAUUCUUGCUCCGAUGAGCUCGAAGAUCAAUGACCCCUUAAUGAAGGAGCUAAAGGAGAAGUACGGCAUCUUCCUGAAAGAGAAGACCAUACUAUGA